AUGCUUGAUCGAAUAUCAUUAAUAAUUGUAAGUCUCGCUGUUCUAUUAACUUUUUAUGAUUUAAAACGAGCCUAUGUAAAUAAAUUUGCAACGAAAGAAAAAGAUUCAUUGUCAAAUGACGAUUCUUCUACCAAUGACGAUAUUUCAUCGAUUCGAACACCUAAAAUGAAAAUGCAAAUAGCAUCCAUGAUCAAAUUUCGCUAUUGUCAAACUUGUGGUUAUCAAAAUAUUUUCAAACAAUAUUCCGAACUUGUUCGUAAACAUUAUCCAAGUAUCGCAGUAAUGGGUGAAAGUUAUCCGCCACCACCUUUUCGAGCGUUAAUUGCUCGAGUAUUAUCAACGAUUAAAAUAAUUUUAUUGAUAUGUCUUCUCUUUGGCCAAAAUCCUUUUCCUUUUCUCAAUAUUUCGACGCCCAAAAUUUAUCUAUGGGCAUUACAAAAUAAAAUGUAUGCAUGCCUAAUGAUUUUCUUUAUUUCAAAUUCAUUGGAGUCGUAUCUUAUGUCAACAAAUGCAUUCGAAAUAUCGAUUGAUGAUGUACCAUUAUGGUCAAAACUUGAAACUGGUCGUUUACCAUCGAAUAAUGAAUUUAUUCAAAUGUUACAAACAUUCAGUUCAAAAACUAGAUUCUGA